AUGGAUAUCCUGGCAGACUUUGAGACGAUGGCGACGGACGCAGCUGACUCCAACGACCUUGAACCACCUAAUAAGAAAGUCAGCCGAUGGCAAACUCUAUUCUUAUACACCUGCUCCGAGGCUUUGAAGCAGACAAAGGCACAGCACAACUACUAUGCCCGCACCAGAGUCUCAGAUGAACAUUGGGAAGCAUCAAGGCAGACAAGGAAGCUCAAGGCUUCACGCGAGACGCUUCGGGCUGAAUCUAAGGCACCCAGCAGUACUGAGAAUGCCUCUUGUCUGCUCCUCCUGACUGGCAUCUUGAACUCGCCCGAAGCAAUUCAAAACGCUGCAGGGCUGCAGCAGGCUCCUACGUUCAUCCAUGGAAGCUCCGAGUCAGAUGCGAGGGACAUUUUUUUCGUCGAAAUGCUUGCCAGGGUAGAGCAUAGGCUGGAGAACUAG